GCGACUCGCAGCUAAACGCGAUUCGCUGGGAUGAGGAAAGAUGGUCGCGAGCGCCCGUGUACAGAAGCUUCUCAGACGUUAUAAACUCGCAAUCGCGGCUGGUUUAACGAUAUUGCUGAUCCAAGGUCUGGUUGUAUGGAGUCUGCGGAGUCUGGAAGAGGGGGAGGCGGAGCGGAAACACAGGCGCUCCAAGUUGCCUGACCACAAUGGACUGGACCAGAAGAUGGACCCUGCAGUCUUCGACAGGCAAAACGCCCUGUCCGGGGCCAACCACGGUCCAAGGACGGCGAGCCUGCAUCGGCCCGCCGUGACCAGCAUCAUCAGGAGGGGGUCUAGACGAAAGAACAAGUCCUCUUUGAAAGACAAAAUUGUCAACAGGCCAGACGAUGGAGUUGAAAAAGUGGCCCACUACGAUCCCUCCAGCAGCCGUAACUUCAGUGAGACGCGGGCGGGAGAAAUGGCCAAAAUCCACCUGGUGGCGCCAGGAGAAGCGGGCAGCGUUGAGGGGGCUCCUCAAGUUCCAAGUAGUGACUUUGUACCCAAAUGUGAGAUCUCUGGCAAAGACGCCCUGUCCGCCCUCCACCGUGCGGUUUCGCGGCACUGCAGACAAGAGAUCGCCAACAUCGUAUGCCAGCACCAAGCGGGACAGCUGAUGCCACAGUUUUUGCCUCAGUUUUGUCCACAACAUGUAAUCUCCAGUGCUGUCCAACAUGUGGAUUUCACAGACACAGACAUCUCAAAGGUGGAGAACCCGGUCAGGGUCGUUUUUGUGCUAGUGGUUCAUGGGCGAGCAGUGCGACAGCUGAAACGUCUACUCAAAGCCAUCUACCACAAAAACCACUUUUACUACAUCCACGUAGACAUGCGGUCAAACUACAUGCAUCGUGAGGUGUUGCGCAUGGCUGAGCUCUACCCCAAUGUAAGAGCCAUGCCCUGGCGCAUGGUCACCAUCUGGGGCGGGGCCAGUCUACUGAAGGCGUAUUUGCGCAGCAUGCAAGAUCUUCUGUCCAUGCUGGACUGGAAAUGGGAUUUCUUCAUCAAUCUCAGUGCCACUGACUUCCCCACCAGGACCAAUGAUGAGCUUGUAGCAUUUCUCUCCCAGAACCGCAACAAGAACUUCCUUAAGUCUCACGGCAGAGAAAACGCAAGGUUUAUUAAGAAGCAGGGUUUGGACCGGCUAUUCCACGAAUGUGACAACCAUAUGUGGCGUCUGGGCGAGCGCACCAUCCCUGAGGGGCUGGAGGUGUCCGGAGGCUCAGACUGGUUCGCCCUCACGCGGAAGUUUGUGGAGUAUGUGGUGAACUCUCAGGACGAGCUGGUGACGGGACUCAAGCAGUUUUACACCUAUGCCCUUCUGCCCGCUGAGUCUUUCUUUCACUCCGUGCUGGGAAACAGCCACAUGUGUGAGACUUUGGUGGACAACAACCUGCGUGUGACCAACUGGAACAGGAAGCUGGGCUGUAAGUGUCAGUAUAAGCACAUAGUGGACUGGUGCGGCUGUUCACCCAAUGACUUCAAACCUGCAGACCUCAUCAGAAUACAGCAGCUGACGCGGCCCACGUUCUUUGCCCGCAAGUUUGAAUCCACUGUGAAUCAGGAAGCCAUUGAAAUCUUGGACACGCAUCUGUAUGGGCAGUACCCACCGGGCACUUUGGCACUAAAGGCGUACUGGGAGAGUCUGUUUGAACAGGCCGAUGGGGUUUCAUCACUCAAUGAUGUGGCCCUCACUGCGUACUCCUCCUUCUUUAGACUGGGCCUCCGUAGACAAGAGAGCACUCAAAGCACUACUGACACCUGCAGGUUUGAGCCCAUUGGCUACCCCAUCUCGGUGCACUUGUAUUUUUAUGACGAGCGUUUCCAAGGUUACCUGGUUAGGCAGGAGGUGCAGAAUGUGGUGAGCAGGUCACGGGAGACGCUGGAGGUAUGGGCUGUUCCCCAGGCAACACUGCAGCUGGAACACAACCUUCAUGAGUUUGAGCGACUCAAACAGCUCGAGGUGGGAACCGAGUGGGACCCAAAGGAGCGAAUCUUCCGUAACUUUGGCAGCGUGAUGGGACCUCUGGACGAGCCGGUGGCAGUACAGAAGUGGGCUCGUGGACCCAACCUUACAGCUACCAUAGUGUGGAUCGACCCAGCACACAUUGUGGCGGCUUCCUAUGACAUCAGCAUAGACGUAGAAGCAGAGUUCACGCAGUACAAGCCGCCUCUUCAGCGCCCCCUCAGGCCUGGAGUGUGGACCGUACGUGUACUGCGUCAGUGGGAACGUGUUGCGGAAGCUCGCUUUCUGGUCAUGCCACUGGCCUUCAAGGGACGUGAGCCCCUCCGCGCAGAAGACCACGGCUGGAUUCACGCGGGUCCUCCGGGUAACGUGUACCUGGAGCAAAGCUUCCAGCAGCUCUCUCGCGUCUUGAAGCUGCCCCCCAGCGAGCCCGCCUUGCAGGAGGCGCAGAAGCAAGCCGCCCUGGUUGGGAAGCCGCUGGAGGCCUGGGUGGACAGCUCUGUGGGAGCCUUCUGGGUCAGCGGAGACAUAUGCUCUGAGAAAACCUCGUCCUGUCCCACCAUAGGACUCUGCACCAAGACCUCCUGGAGCUCGCUGUCCCCCGACCCCAAAUCUGAACUGGGAGCGGUCAAAAGCGGUGGGCGUAUUAGGUAGCCCCCAGACCUUGAACACCCGGGGAAGACUGGUGGAGGACAGUCUGCGAGAUGUUUACCGGUGGAGGUCUUCGGGACCACCGCAUUACUAGUCAAGGCACCUUCUGUCGAGGGUUGAGAAAAUUUUGCACAAGAAGACUGCCAGAUGUUGUACGAGUCUCGUUUUUCUAAAUCAAUGUUGUUACAGAUUGUUGUUACAAGGAGUCUUAUUAGCACAGAGGUUAAGGAGAGGGUUUGUAAAGACCCGAAUCUCAACAAUUUUACACGUUUGUUCUUUGUUACGAUAACAGUGCACAUUUUUCUCUGUGUAACUGGCCCAAACUGAAGCUAUUUGAGGUCAGUUGCUGGAGUUCUCCGGCUGUAUCGCUGUGCUUGUUUUGAAGCAUUGAUAUCAAAACUUCAGAAGCAGAUGAAGUGCACUUUACUGUAAAGCAAGCUCACUUCUUAUUGGCUGAAUUUCAGAAGAGAAGGCGGGGAUUGUGGAAUCAUGGAUUUCAGCCAACGGACCGAUCACUUGCGUCUUCAGAUGCUGCUCAGAGAUGCAAAAUUGCAUGGAAUCGAUACAGAAGUUAACUAAUGACAACCGGGGCCGUCCAACACCUUUUUCAAGUCUGACUUAGUCAUGCUGUGACUGUACGCAGAGAUGCCGAUGUAAGAGGACAAGGAUUUUCUUAUUUAAGACUGCCUGAACUCACCCUGCUGAAUAUCAGUCGGAUCUAUCUGUCAUCCAUACAUCAUCAUUGGCGUUUAUAGUAUUCCACACUAAACUCUGGUCUUCCGUCACGUUUUGUUCUCAGCUCGGAGCAGUUUUUUGCUCUGUAUCUCGUGUUACUAAUUCGAUCAUUCCACUAGCUGCUGUUCUGAGAUCUGUGUUAAGGGAAAGUUCACCAUACAAGAGAAACUCUGUCAUUUACUCGACCUCAUGUCACAUGUGACUUUUCUUCGGUGGUACGAAGAAUGUUUUUGAAGGAUGUUCUCGCUGCUCUUUACUUUAUGUUACCGAUGUUAUUGAAUAGAUGUGGUAAGGAAGGUCCGUGAAACGUGUACGCUUUAUUCUAAGCCUUUUGAAGCUGAAUGAGAUUUGUUUGAGAAACAGAUCAAGGUUAAGUGAUCAAAACCAUAAAUAUCUGCAAUUCUUAUUUGCCAGUGACAUCAAAACUGCGUGAAACAUUCACGUAUAUAUUUUGAGUAUACGCGAGCGUGGAUAUGAUUUAAGAGAUUUUAAAUGAAUAAUUGCUUUUUUAAAUGGUAUAUCAAACUGUUCCUCUUACUUAAUGUGUAUAGCUUCAGAACAUGAAGUCAUGUGGACUGCUUAAACGGUGCUUUUGUACAUACAUUUUGUACAUGUACUUACAUACAUAAGUAAGUGAAGUAAAUUGGGGCAGAAUUGUACUUUUUUGGGUGAACUGUUUCUUAAACAAAAUGAAAAAAAAAACACAUGAUUUGGAUUAUAAUGUCCGUCUCGAUUUCAUUGUGUCAUAGCUGGAUGUCACUUUUUAACCACUUACAUUUUAUGUUUGUUUCUGUGUUGUAUGUGCGUUUUUAUUUCAUGACUUCAUUUAAAAACACUUUACAGACAACGUCUUACAAGAAAAUGUAUCGUCUAGUGUGACGCGUUCCGUUUCUGUUACAGUAGAUUAAAAGUAGCCCAUAAUUUGUCAGGGCUGUUUCAGGUUGAUUUACUGCUCAUAAAGUACUUUGUUUUAGGUUGAAAGCGUCCUUUUUCUUCUCAUAUACAUGCUUCAGCGAAGCUGUCGUGGUAGGAAAGAAAAAAAUGAAACGAGGGUGUAAAAAAUGAAUGAAUGAUAUUUUUCUAUUCGAAGUCAUAUUGUCAGACUGUAAAGUGAGACUUUGAGAAUGCUGCUUCAUCUUCUGUUUUAUGCCUUGUUGUCCGUCUCACCAGGUCACAUGGGUGUGGGUCACACUGAACCAGAGGCUUGUUUUUUAGGGCUGAUGGGCAGCGACAGAUUUCAAUAAA